AUGUUGAGGAAUAAUGGAGUCCAUCAAAUAUUUGUCCUCCCAUAUAAUAUCCAAUCAAGCGGUCAAGUGUAUGUCUUUAAUCGUCAAAUCAAGCUCAUCCUUGAAAAGACGGUUGCGAGAAAUCGAAAGGAUUGGUCGGAAAAAUUGGAUUAUGCUCUGUGGGCCUAUCGAACAGCUUUCAAGACCCCCAUAGGUACCACUCCAUACCACCUAGACUAUGGCAAGUCAUGCCAUCUACCAGUUAAAAUUGAACAUCGCGCUUUGUUGGCUAUCAAGAAAAUAAACUUUGACUUGGCAAGUGCGGGGGAGAAAAGGUGGUUGGAUUUUCAUGAGCUAGAGGAGCUUCGGCUUGAUGCUUAUGAUUGUGCUAGUGUGUACAAAUCUCGUUCCAAGGAAGCACAUGACAAGCUUAUUGAGAAGAAAGAGUUUUGUGUUUGA